UCUGAGCUUGGGCAGUGUGUGUGGCGGCAGAAGAACCCCACGUUAGAAACGCGGUGGGUUUGUUUGUAAGGCUGUGAAUAAACACAGCUGGAUAGUUCUAGAAAAAAUGGAGUUGGAAGGUGGCACGUACGGACCCGGCUUCGUGGGCAUCAGGUUUUGUCAGGAGUGUAACAACAUGUUGUACCCCAAAGAAGACAAAGAGAACAGGAUCCUGUUGUAUGCGUGCCGGAACUGCGACUACCAGCAGGAGGCAGACAACAGCUGUAUCUAUGUCAACAAGAUCACCCACGAAGUGGACGAACUCACCCAGAUCAUUGCGGAUGUGUCUCAGGACCCCACUUUACCUCGGACUGAAGAUCACCCCUGUCCCAAGUGUGGCCACAAGGAGGCGGUGUUCUUCCAGUCCCACAGCAUGAAAGCUGAGGAUGCCAUGAGACUGUACUAUGUGUGCACAGCGCCCCACUGUGGCCACCGCUGGACUGAGUGAGGGGCUCCCUGUUGCCCCUUGCAGGAGGAGGAGGAGGAGGAGGAGGAGGUGUGUUUCCAUGGAAACCUGGCUGCAAUCCAGAGAAGGCAUCCCCAGUUCUACAUCCCGACCUGUAGAUAUCUGUACUACUGGGAGAAUGGUCAUGCUUUUGUACCCGGAACUGCUGGAAUUAUUUAAUACACAUGUUAUCAAUGGGAUACCAGUUUUAAUAAAUACAUUUUUACAAAAUUGGUUUUAAGAUAUUUUAUUUUACUGUCACCCACAGAGCAGAAAUCCUGGACAUUUGAUUGUACUGGUAAAAAAUGAAAAUCUCUGAACCUUUUAGUUUUUUUUUUUAUAUAAAUAUAGCUUUAGAACUUCUUUUCUUCCAGUAAAGAGAGUAUUGAGAUAUUGCACUGUGUAGAUUAAUUGAACAGAGCUCAGCAGGCCCCAUGCAUCUGGUGUAAUUGUACUCUCUGAUACUGUGCUGCACUAUACGACUGCAGAGCUAAUGGAAUACUUUCAGCAAAUCCUAUCUAAUAUGUAUUGCCAUUACUUCACAGAUCUCAUUUCCCAGCUGAAAGAUGCACGCAUUAU